UAUUUUUGCCCAGUUUCUCAAUGGAACAGUAAAAAUCCAGCCCGAGCGGGAGCCGGGCGCUGCUGCUUCCGCGGGCUGUGGGUGCUCCCGUUCCCACGGUGGGAUGGACACAAAAACACUUUUCUGCUUGCUUGGUGCUACUCAUCACCGGAGUUCUCCAGGGCGGACAGAGCCAGUGGUGCGAGCUCAGCGCGAAGCUCGGAGCUGCCUCGCCUGGGUCAGAGGGGUGCUGGGAGUCAGUGGUGUGCCUGCUGUGAUACUGGGCACUGUUCGAAGGAUUAUUAUCGAGAAUCCUGAUCAGGAGAAGCAAUAUCAGUUUUCCCACCAAUGUCAGAUUCCCCAGCAAGCCGAUCAGUGCCAUGUUGUCCAGCCCUGCCAGCACUCUGAGCAGUCCCAAGUCACUCACCAGUGCCAGCAGACACAGACCAGUAGCCCCUGUGAAAUAAUUCCAAUCUCUGUGAGCGAUGACUGCAGAGGAAAUACAGUGAGGAGGGUGACGGUUCAAACAUGUGAACCGGUGAAUUGCUCUCAGGAAAAUAACGACCAGCUGGACUGCCGCUACUUUGGUGAGCUCCUCGCUGAACUGAACCGCAAGACCAAUGACUUGUACAGUUGUUUACUACAGCAUGUGGAAAAGAUAGGAGGAAGGAACCAUGACAUUGAAUUUUCGUGUCAGACUGAAGAUAUUGAAGAUUUAAUUCCCAAAGGACUGUCUGAGGCAACAAAGCAGCAGAUUCGUUACCUCCUCCAGAUGAGAGUGACAUCAGAUAAAUCUUUGAGACUUGUGCUUUCCACUUUCAAAAAUCUACGUGAAGAGCUUUGCCAUUUGCAGGAUGACUUGGGGAAGUUAGAAACUGACAGCGUCUUACUUAAGAAGGAUUUGGCUUUUAAAGAUUCUCAAGUAAAAGAAUAUGAAACUAUGUUGACUUCUCUGAGAGAGAAUAAUCGUCAGCAGCAGCAAGGACUCAGAGACAGUACUGCAAAAUGUCGCUCCCUGGAAGAACAGCUCCUCUCUCUUCGGCUCAGUGAGGGAGAAAAGGAUUGUCAGCUAAAGGAACUGGAGUACUGCAAGCGUGCCUUGGAGCAAGAGAUCCAGAGCCUUAGACUACAGACCUGCUCUAAUCCAGCACUACAGACCACCACAGAUGAGCUCUCUAGCCGUUACGUAGAGAUGAUCAAUAACUUGAGAGAGGAUAAAGAUCGUGAGAUCCGCAAUCUUAGGUCUCAGUUAUGCCAAUUCCAGCAGGAUAUAUCAAGGAGAGAAGGAAGUAACAGUGACUUGCAAAUAAGGUUGCAUGAACUGACGUCGAUGUUGGAGGAGAAAGAUGCUUUUAUUAAACAACAGCAAGAGGACCUCUUCAGAUUGAAGCAUGAGAAAUUAUCAGGCAGUCAGUCCCCUGGUGUAACAGCUAUCAUCACUAAGAAGUACAGGAACCAGUAUCCUAUUCUGGGUCUCUUGUCUGAUGACUACAAGGUUACAUCACCUGUCAAUAAAUCACAAACCAUUGUAAUUGAGAGGACUGGAGAAAUAUGGAAACACGUUCAGUCUGAUAGUGAGAAAGGCUGGGAAACAGGGAACACAUUAAGGACAUGGAAGCGUGAAGAUGAUGAAAAGCACUGUCUCAUCCUCACCAUAAAGAACUCGGUUACCUGUGUCCAUAAUCUGCCACUAACACCUGUGCACAAAUGUUACUUGUACUUUUUCAUGCACUUACUUACUUUUUGCUCAGAAGAGAGCGGUGUGCCAUGCUUUUGUGGACUUCAGUUGUUCUUGACAUGA